UCUCAUGCAAGCGCAUUAUAUGCAGCUUCCCUUCCUAGGCCGAGGAGAGUCAGACAUUGGUGUAACGCUGGGAGGGAACACCCCUACAGGCCGGCUUCUCGUUUUACACUUAACCCACGUUGCUUCUGGGCUCUCAUUGUUUUGUCUGCCUCACUGGAAAGGAUCGUAAGACUUGUCCUUCUCUCUUCUGUUGCUUUUUCACCAAAGAGGUGAAGCAGGAUGAUAGCGGCACAGCUUCUGGCCUACUACUUCACUGAACUGAAGGAUGACCAGGUCAAAAAGAUUGACAAAUACUUGUACGCCAUGCGGUUCUCUGAUGAGACGCUGCGUGACAUCAUGGCCCGCUUCCGAAGGGAAAUGGAGAACGGAUUGGGACGAGACAUUAAUCCGACAGCUACCGUCAAGAUGUUGCCCACCUUUGUAAGGUCCAUUCCUGAUGGAUCAGGUGAGCUUAUCAUUUAUAAGGCCGUAAAUC